AUGAGGCACUCCAACAUCACCGCGGCCCUGGCCGUCCUCCUCGCAACCUCCCUCGGCGGCGUCGGCGUCUACGCCGCGCCAGCCCGACAGGCACAGGCCGAGUCUGGCGGCGAGAGCCAGGAGCUGCAGCAGCUUCCGGGAGCCGACGCGGCUGCGGGAGCUGGGAGUGAUACUGGGCUGGUUGCCCUCCCUGGCGCCGCUGCCACUGCUGGCGAGCUGGUGGCUCUACCUGGUGCUGGAGGGGCGGCGGAGACGAGCGCUGCGACUGUUGAGACUACGAGUGCGGCAGCGGUCGUCGAGACUUCCAGUGCGUCAGAGGUUGUUGGGACUACAAGUGCUGCUGAAGUUAUCGCUACGAGCGUCGCGGCUGUCGUCGAGAGUACAAGUGCCGCUCAAGUGGUCGCCACUUCCGCAACUGAGGCUCUCGUAGCGGCUUCAAGUACAGCUUCCGUUGCCGGCUUCCAGACCAUCGGCGAUGCGACGACCGCCAGUGAGGCCGCGGCAGCUCUCAUCGCGACCUCGUCUGCCGCUGCUGGUGUCGGUGCAGGUCUCGGCGGCGCCAUCGCAGAAUCUAAUGCCACCCUCGCUGCUGCCACCACCACCGGCGGCUUCCAAACCAUUGGCGCCGACACCGCAACCACUAGCUCUGCUGCGGCGGCGGCUCUGACACCCAUAGGAGGCCUGGCUGCGGCUUUGAAUGCUACAUCCGCCGCCGUGGCCGUUGCCGCGGGCAAAACAGCCGCUGCCUCGCCCGCAACCGAGGCCCUCCCCGGCAGCGCGGGCGUCAUGACUUCGUCCGCUGCGCUGCAGGCCCUGCCCACAACGACCGAGUCCGACGCUUCUGGCGAGACUGCUGCCGUUGGCGAGGACGCAGCCACAUCUGCGUCCGCGUCCUCGGACUCCCUCGCCGCUCUCCCCAGCGCCGGAGUCGUCUCUUCCGGCGCCCUGCAGGAGCUUCCCGGCGCGGUUUCGGCCACGGAAUCUGGAGCCGCUGCCGGGAGCGAUAGCGAGAGCGAGAGCGGUGUUGCCGGCCCCGGCUCCGCGUCUGCCUCGAUUACUGGUACUGUCUCGGGCGCCGCCCUCCUGGCCCAGGCCACCGACACAACGCUGCAGCAGCUCCCCGGCACGCAGAUGACGACGGGGUCCCUGGCGCCGCUGUCGUCUUCCGGCGUCGCGGGCGCCACGGGUGGCAGGGCGAGCGCGACUGGCGCGUUCGCGUUCGCGGCCAGUGCCAGUGCGCAGGCUACUGUUAAUCCGAAUGCGGCGGCUGGGCUCGAGGCGGGAGGGGUUUUGUUUGUUACGGUUGUUGCUGGGUUGGUUGGGGUUGUGGGUGGGUUUUGGUUUUAG